AUGCCAAUACACAAUACACGAUUGGUAAAACAGGUUAAUUUCAAGGUUUUUCCGGAAGAAAAAAACAGAGAUGUAAGACAACCAAAUACUUCGCCUAGGAGCCAUCUGAAUAAUAUCAAACACGAAAAACUUACUAAGAGAACUAAAAAGCAGACUGAAAAUGGUCUAACAUCUUGUUUGACUACCAGCUCUCCAGAUCUACGAAUCAGUGGAGGUGCAAAUGAUCCAGCCCAACGCGAUGUUGGAAAAUUACCUCGCACCGACAGUGAAUGUCGAUUCCAUGCUCCAGGAUUCCAUUUUCUCACCGAACAAGAUACCACUGUAAACACCCAUGAGGUCAAGAUGUCUCCCAGGAUAGUUAUGCGAAAGGAAUUGAAACACAAAUGUGAUUUCUUUACUAAAGCUGAGGACAAUCGACCCUUUAAGGAUCAAAUCACUCAGACGCUUUACAGGGAAUCCUCUGCGCAGACUUUGAGCUAUUUGCCGGAAAUCUUAGAAGCAGAUGGUGCAAAAACCUUGGAACUGUUUUCCCUGCCGUCUGUUUUGCCCGAAGCAAAUCGUCCAGGACUCCAUGAGGUCGAAGUUCUUGAGCGUGCUAGGAAGCGGUGGGCCUUCAGGGAUGCCCUGAAGGUGAACAUGAAAAGACUCCUUAAUGAGGCGAGGAGUGUGGCGAUAAAAACUGGAUACAAGAAGAUUCUAGAAGCCUUCGAAUGGGAGCAGUGGAUCCAGCGAGAGGAGGACAUUCAGGAAUGUCAGAUGAUACGUCUUCAGAUCGUAAUCAAAAUGUUUGACAAGAGGGAGAAGGAAAUGCACGCUGCCUCAAAGACACGGAUUGAAAAAGCCUGCGAACGGAUCGAGGCGCGUCGUCAGGCGGGUUUGCGAAAGAACGAGAUUGAGUUCCAGCGAGGAAUGCGUCAAUUGGAGUUCCAGGUCACGAAAACUCCGCGAAAGUGGAUAAAGCAGAGCCCUAUGCAUUCUUUGGGAUCUCCGUGCUCCGAAUUCUAUGCUCCCCUUUUACGAUACGGCGUUGAUCCGGCACGUCGAAAUUUUGUCUCACAAACCGAACGCAAUGCUUUUGAUAUGAGAAUUGACAAACUUGAGAAGCAAGUCAACAUGAACCAAUUAAAAUGUCCGUUUAGAAAGCUUAAGGACUGGUCCAAGCCCAAGCAGUUUGACCGAGAAUAUGAGAGAAACUUCUGCAAUGAAGCCAACCUGCAGAAGCUCUUUGAAUCCUUAAGGACCCUUAGAACUCAGGCCACCCAGGAAAAAGAAGAGCCAAAAUGUCUCAGAAAGCGGCGAAAGCAAGAAUUAGGUAGAGCGGCAUCCCAAAUGUCCAUGGCGUAUCUGAAAGACCUCUAUGAUACGAGGACGGAUAAGGAUAGUGAUUUGGAGAAUCCAGGAGAUCACGAUAGAUGGAACAAAUAUGUUGAGGAACAGAUAAUGGAACAAAAAGGUAUUAUGAAUGAACAAAUAAUAUCGGAUAAAAAACGACAGGACAUUGAAAACUUGUUGAACAUGUAUGAGGGCAGCUACAUAGGAUGGGUAAUGCAGUUCCUCUCGGAAGAGAUGAAUCGUCUCUCGGAACUGCGCAAGCUGCACUUCUUCUCGAUUAUGGCCCAGAAGGAGCGCUGGCGACGCGAGGCUGCCGAAGCUGGUUUGAGACAGAAGGAGGACAAUAUGAGAAUGGUCUACGAGGAGCUAUUCCAGCAAUGCAAUGUUGUAAAUAAUGAUAUCUCCAAUGAAUAUAUGGCCAAAAUUUUGACCUCAGACAUGUACAAUGCGGCCGAAGGUGAAGCUGCUGACACCGUUACAGAAUUGGCCAAGCAAAUUGACCAGGAUAUACACCGAUGGCUGGAGAGCUUUAAGCUAAUCCAAAACCCCCUCAAUUAUGUUCCUCUUCGGUUGAUGUUGAAGGAUAUGGUAUCCCCAAAUAUGAAUCAAGUCCUGCAACGCUAUGAAAAUUCCAUGAUCGUCCAAUACGUAGUGGAGGAUGUGUUAUUUCCUGAACUAUGGAAAGAACUAGAACCGUUUGAUAUAGGCAGCACAUUAACGAGCGAUCUUAUUGAUCGCCUUAUCGAUAACGAUCUAUACCUCAUGUCCACAGAUAGUGAAAGUGAUAUCCCCCAAAAGAAUUCCUGGUACGAGGCCCAUGCCAUAAUUAGAAAGAUCAUUCGACAAGCAGUUCCCGGAAGACGUUGGCUAGAGGAAAACGAGCGCAUCGUCACCGAAACCUAUAACGAUCUCUUUGACGAUGUAUUCGCCAGUCUUUUCUACAAUGUAGACAAACUUGGAUUAGUUUCAUCAAAAGAAUUGGUUGACCUCCGGCUGUGUGCUUCUCAAAAUGUCAUACGCUCCACGGACAAUAUUCGGGACAAGGAUAAUAUAGAUACCAGAAAUCUAUCCUCAAUUCAAGGAUCUGCUUUUAUGCGAAAACAAAUGUUGAACUUAAUGAAAAAGUUUAAAAAAGAUAAUGUCACAAGGUUAUUAGAGAACCUUGAUAAUUCGCCCGAUGAUCCACCAUCUGGUAGCGAUCAUUAUAUAGGCACUCUAAUCAUUAAUUCCCUUGGGGACAUUACAGCGAAGCCAAGCGAAAUGUUCAGUGUAAUAAGCACUCAUGAUUUUUCAGAUGUAUCAGAUUUAACAGCUUUUAAGAUUGAACUCAAUGAUGAGGUAAUAUCACUUCAAAAUAACGAGGACAAAAAUUUGGUUGAAAAUGAAACAAUAACUGAAGAAGGUUCGCCAAUGGUCUCAUUUCAUAAACUUAGUUUGCAAGUCGCCUCUGAAAUGGAAUACAGUUUGGAAACAUCACACUCAUCCAAACCCAUUGAGAAUAUGGAUGAACUCGAUGUUCCAAAUGACAAUAUGAAACCUUCAGAUUUAACUCAAUCGGAAGUGGAUCCAGAAACUAACUUAUCUCCUCAUGAAGUGAAAGGAAUGGUUCCACCUCCUCAGAAAUUGGAAACAAUGGUUUCACCUCCUCAUGAAUUGAAAACUUUGGUUUUACCUGGUCAUGAACUCAAGCCCAUGGAGAUGAAACCCAUUUCUUCAGGUUCUAAGGAUGUGAAGUCGAUUGAUGCAAUUAACAAGGAAGUGGAACCACCUGAACCUGAGGUAAAAUCUAAGGAACCGGAACUAGAACACGAAAUCAAAAUUGAACCUAUUACUGAAAUCGAACUCGAAGUUGAACCUGAGUUGGAAACCGAAUUGGAAGCGGAACUGAAAUCGGAAUUGGAGCCAGAGCUUAGACCAGAGCCUGUACCCAUUGUUGAAAAGGCUAAGAUCUUCAUACCACCUGUACAAUCGGAAAUACAAAACACGAUGAGAUUAAGAUCGUCUAAACUUGAAAAGCAAGGCACAUUACUACCCGCUAAAAUGGCCAAAGACCAUUCUAUUGAAAAAAGGCGUAUUGGCUCCUUAGGCUCACAUUUUAAUAAUCCCCUCGAUGCUGUCAUCCCCGUUCAAACAAGCGAUGAUCAUUUACCCGUCAAUGAUAAAACAAUAAUAGAACAAGCUAGUAGGACACUCUCAGAAAACGACUAAUUAGCAUUUGGAAUUCUAAUAAAAAAUUUCAUCUUCAAUAAAGAGAUCUUUCG